AUAAUCCCCCAUUCUUGAAAAAGCUAAAAGAAGUGUUUAACUUUAAUGAAGAUACUGUAAUUACCAUAUUAUAUUUUGUAAAUUUUUUUUUUACAAAAAGUUAUCGCAUAUCGAAUCUAUGAAAAUGUUGCGAAGAAUGAACAGUUUACUGCAAAUUGCUGCUUGUGUGCAGAAAGUGAGCAGCAGAAAUUUAAACUACGUGCCUAUCGUAGUAGAACAGAGUGGACGUGGUGAACGAGCGUAUGACAUUUAUUCACGUCUUCUAAAGGAGAGAAUCAUCUGUUUGAUGGGUCCAGUUACAGAUGAUGUAUCCUCCGCAGUAAUUGCUCAACUCCUUUUCCUGCAAUCGGAGAGUAGUAAAAAUCCCAUUCAUUUAUAUAUUAAUUCACCUGGUGGUAGUGUAACGGCAGGACUUGGUAUAUAUGAUACUAUGCAAUAUGUCCUUCCACCUGUCUCCACGUGGUGUGUAGGUCAAGCCUGUUCUAUGGCCAGUUUACUUUUGGCUGCUGGAACUAAAGGCAUGCGUCAUUCUUUGCCAAAUGCUAGAAUCAUGACGCAUCAGCCAUCAGGAGGAGUACAAGGCCAAGCUACAGAUAUUCAGAUUCAAGCUUUGGAAAUUCUCAAGUUAAAAAAACAAAUCAAUGAAUUAUAUGUAAAACAUACUGGGCAGGAUUUAGAAAAAAUAGAAAAGAGUAUGGAGAGAGAUAAUUUUAUGAGCCCAACACAAGCUAAAGAAUUUGGAAUAAUAGACAAAGUGUUGGCCCAUCCUAUGCAAGAAGAAUCUACAGAAGCGACAAUAGAGAGUACGGCAAGUGCAACAACAAAGUCUUCUUAAUAUUGUUGGAUAGGAUACAGGUAUACAGGUUCGAUUUCGUUGUAACAAGAUGCAUUAAAAAAAUGUAUUUAUCAAUAUUUAAUAUAAUAUAAAAUAUUAUAUAAAACAAUUAUAAACUAUAUUCUAUUCAACUGUGCUUGCGGAAGGGGUACAUUUACCCUUUUUCAAAUUUUGGUUUAUAUAAAAUAUACUAAUUUAUAACAACAGAGAAUAUGAAUAUGGGGAUAAUAUAAUCGCCUAUAUUCUUUCUUCAUGUUAUCUUCAUAAAAAGACAAGAAUAGUAUGUUGCUAAAAGCAAGUGUCUAUACCUUGCAAUAUAUGAAAAACCUAUUCACCUAAAAUAUAAUACGAUGUGUUGAAAGUUUGCUCCUGUUGAAGUUUUAUAGCUCAAUAUAUAAUUAUGCAGGUUGUUAAAAAAAUUUACAGAUUUAUUUUAAUAUUCUUAUAGAUCGAUAAAAAUCAGUAAAUAUAUUGUUUUCAUAUAUA